CUAAAGGAAAACGAGUUUGCAUAACCCGGGAUAAGACACUGUUUGAAAUAAAUCAGAUAAUGUUGUUAAUAAUGAAGAUUAUUUCUCAAAAACAAGGAGGACAAAAUUAAAAGAAAUGUUAAAAUUCAUCACAGGCGUAUUUUAGCCGAUCGCCAUAUCCAUUGAUCUCUCCUCUUUCUCUGCUCAUCACUGCCACCACGGUCCUCUUCUCUGCCUCGUUUGAUCCGAUUCGAUUUCGAUGGCAGCUCCACCUGCUAGGGGUAGAGCCGAUUACGAUUACCUCAUCAAGCUUCUCCUGAUCGGUGAUAGCGGUGUGGGCAAAAGUUGUUUGCUGUUAAGGUUCUCUGAUGGCUCAUUCACCACUAGCUUCAUCACCACCAUUGGCAUUGAUUUUAAGAUUAGAACUAUUGAGCUUGAUACUAAACGCAUCAAGCUCCAGAUUUGGGAUACUGCUGGUCAAGAACGUUUUCGAACCAUCACCACUGCUUAUUACCGAGGGGCAAUGGGAAUUUUGCUGGUGUAUGAUGUCACAGACGAGUCAUCCUUUAACAGUUACUUUUGCUUCUGUCUAAGCAUUGACAUCUUUUAUUUUAUUUACAUUUUUGCUCUGUUCUGGACCUGUUUUCUUGACCUUGUUGCAGAUAUUAGGAACUGGAUUCGUAAUAUUGAACAGCACGCUUCGGAUAAAGUUAAUAAAAUCUUGGUAGGGAACAAAGCCGAUAUGGAUGAGAGCAAGAGGGCUGUUCCAACAUCAAAGGGUCAAGCACUUGCUGAUGAAUAUGGAAUCAAGUUCUUUGAAACAAGUGCCAAAACAAAUCUAAAUGUGGAAGAGGUUUUCUUCUCGAUAGCAAAGGACAUUAAGCAGAGACUCACAGAUACUGACUCGAGAGCAGAGCCUGCGACGAUUAGGAUAAGCCAAACAGACCAGGCUGCUGGAGCCGGACAAGCCACGCAGAAGUCUGCAUGCUGUGGAACUUAAAAGUUACUCAAGUUGAAGUGAAGUGCAAAGAAACCAGAUUUGUGCCAAAUCAUUUGUCUUGUCUUUGGUGCUUUUGUAUUUUUUUUUUCUCUUUUGAUGAUUGUUCUAAAUUUGCCAUUUUUAGUUUAGAUUCGAUGGCCCUAUAGCUGAUUCAGUGGCUUUUGAUUGUUAACACUUUUGCUCACAACUCAAAAUCUCUUGCACUCUCUGUUAAUAAAGCUUUUCCCUUUGCAGCACAUAAUAAAAGAUCUCUUUGUACCA